UUUAUUUUGAUUGAGGUGAAUUUAAACACAUAAUUUUGAUUUCUUUUUUAAAAUGCCUUUAAAGAAAAAGAAGGCAGAACAAAAUACAAAGUCAAAAGUGUCUCAGUCUGGAAAUUCAAAGAAAACUAGCWGUUCAAAGCAGGGUAAAGGAGAGUCGAACUGGAUGAUCGGCGGCCAUGCUGUUGCUGUAGUAGYCAUUGCUCUGACCUUUGGUGUGUUACACAGCCUUCACGUGUCACGAAUGUUCGAAAAUGAACGCUUUUUCUCUCAUUUAUCUGCAUUGGAAAGGGAGUUAUCAUUUCGAACUGAAAUGGGUUUGUAUUACUCAUACUACAAGACCAUAGUUGAGGCUCCCACAUUUCUGGAUGGUGUCUACAACAUAAUGCAUUGUAAUGUCACUGAAUAUCCUGACACUAUCAAUACAUUAAAGAGAUUCAAUUUAUAUCCUGAGGUGGUACUAGGUUUUAUGUUCCGUAGUUAUGAAAAUAUAGCAAAAUAUUUCAACAUUCAAACCAAGGUAUGUUACACUGUGAACAGAGGUUAUGGUCUUCCACCUGUGCAAAGCUGUGAAGGACUUGGAGAACUAUCUUUCUUCUAUGUAUAUGCAAUAUUUUACUUGAGUGGACUUAUGAUGGCAUGUUUCUUCCUUCUUUGCUAUUACCUCAGUGGCAAUAUUUUGGGAGGUAUUCUUGGAACAUUGUGUUAUUUCUACAACCACGGUGAGGCAACAAGAGUUAUGUGGACACCACCUUUAAGAGAAAGCUUCUCAUAUCCAUUAUUAGUAGUCCAACUAUUAGUCAUAACUUAUACCAUAAGGUCAGGAGCUGUAAAAUGGAGGCAUUCAGCAAUGAUAGCAGCAGUGACGUUUUURUUUAUGAUACCUUGGCAGUUUGCACAGUUUGCUCUCCUCACACAGACUACAGCAUUGUUUGGCAUGUACAUGUUGCACUUCCUGACGUCCAGUAAACUGUGUUUACUUCUGUAUGGACUUGGUAUUGCUCACAUCAUGARCUUUAUUUGUCAGUUUGGAAACUCAUUAUUACUGAGUUCAUUCUUUAUGUCAGCUCUUGUCUCAUCUUUGAUUAUUGCCAAACUAGAAGCAUAUAUUGGAAAACUAAAGAAUCAAAUAUUGAUUUGGGGUGUGCAAGCACUUAUGUUUAUCGUUGGAACGCUGUCAAUUAAAAUGUCCAUAGCAAAAGCUUUGGGAAUCGCUGAUGAUGCACAUAUUGCUAGUAUUCUCAAAUCAAAGUUCACCGACUAUCAAGAUUUCCAUACUCUCCUGUAUACUUGUGCUCCUGAGUUUGAUUUCAUAGAGAAUGAGACGCCAGUUAAACUUACCAAGACACUUUUACUACCUGCUGCAGUGGCAUCAAUCACAGCUGUUUUGUACAAGGUUGCACUUUCUGAAUGGAAUUAUUGGUUGUUUAAAGACAAACCUCAAAAUAAUGCAGACCUUGAAGAAGACAAUGAAGUUCAAGCAAAUCCAAAGCCAAAUGCAGAGUAUGUCUACCACGUCCUCCAGGCCUUUGCAUUUAUUUUCAUGGCUAUUAUCAUCAUGCGUCUUAAACUGUUUGGAACACCUGCAUUAUGCGUCAUGGCUUCUCUUCUUGCAUCCAGAAAGUUUUUUGGUUUCAUCGGAGAUAAAACAAAACACCAAGCUUUAAUAGUGUGUCUAAUUGCCAUGAUGUCAGUGCAGGGCUACCGGAAUCUUCAACAACAAUUUAACACAUCAGGAGAGUACAACAAUCCCGACAUGGAAGAAUUGAUAGAAUUUAUAACUUCAGGAACCCCUAAAGAAUCCGUGUUUGCUGGUGCAAUGCCAACUAUGGCUACUGUAAAGCUGUGCACUGAAAGGGCAGUCGUUAAUCACCCACAUUAUGAAGACGUGCGAAUACGAGAAAGAACCCAUAACGUGUAUCAGAUCUUCAGUCGUAAACCACCUCAAGUUGUAUGGAAUACUUUGAACUCUAUGAAAGUCACACAUGUUAUUAUUGACCAACAAUGGUGCUUUGGAAGUCCGAGGCCUGGCUGCGGAAUGGCGGACAUGUGGGACCGUGAGGAUGAAGAAAAUCGAGGUAGGACGAUGUGUUGCCAGCWAUUGGUAAAGAAYCCYKCGCCAUUCAUUCCGGCAUUUAGAAAUAAACAAUAUUCAGUCUACCAGCUGAAGGGAUAUUAAUGAUAAAUUAUUCUUAUAAAGCUAGAUAUUUUGAAAUUUAAAUUUACUUUUAACCAAUGUGAAAUCAUGUAAGUUAAAWCUGUUGAUAGGUAGGUUAAAACGAAUUCCUCAGUCGAGCUACUGGCGAAUUUUAUCACUGACUGACAAUAAUGACCUUGUGUUUUGAAUAGCAGUACUUGUCAUUGCGAAAAAUAGUUUUAUUAUUUAAUGCAUAGAUUUAUAUUCCUGGACAAAAUCUAAUUUAUGUAUAAUGAGCCACGCCCUAUAAUGAUAUAGGAGAAUCCAUUAAUGAAAUAAAGACAAUUCAAAUUUUGA